AUGGCAACCAUGCAGGAUAGACACGCUGCCCAGCAACCCGUGUUCCCACGUAGCCACGUCGGUUUCGACAGCAUCACUUCACAGAUUGAGCGCAAGCUUUUGAAGCGCGGUUUCCAGUUUAAUGUUAUCUGCGUCGGUCAAACGGGUCUCGGAAAGUCGACUUUGAUCAACACGAUCUUUGCUUCCCACCUGAUCGAUUCUAAAGGAAGACUUGCCCCCGACGAGCCCGUACGAUCGACAACUGAAAUCCAGACUGUCUCGCACAUCAUUGAGGAGAACGGAGUUCGACUGCGCCUGAACAUUGUCGAUACCCCCGGCUACGGCGACCAGGUCAACAACGACCGAUGCUGGGACCCUAUCGUCAAGUACAUCAAGGACCAACACUCCGCAUACCUUCGCAAGGAGCUCACAGCCCAGCGCGAGAGAUAUAUCCAAGAUACCCGCAUCCACUGCUGCUUGUUCUUUAUUCAGCCUUCAGGCCAUGCCCUGAAGCCCAUCGACAUCGUGGUCCUGAAGAAGCUCUCGGAUGUUGUCAAUGUCGUUCCAGUCAUUGCCAAGUCUGAUUCCCUGACCCUCGAGGAGAGAAGUGAAUUCAAGGAGCGCAUAAAGGAGGAGUUUGCGUUCCACAACCUCAAGAUGUUCCCAUACGACAACGAUGAGUUUGACGAGGAGGAGCGUGCUCUGAAUUCCCAGAUCAAGAGCAUCAUCCCAUUCGCCGUCGUUGGAUCCGAGAAGUCAAUCAUCGUUGCCGGCAAGCAAGUUCGAGGUCGCCAAAACAGAUGGGGGAUCAUCAAUGUUGAGGAUGAGAACCACUGCGAGUUCGUGUACCUCCGCAACUUCCUCACCCGCACCCAUCUCCAAGACUUGAUCGAAACCACAUCGCAAAUCCACUACGAGACGUUCCGCGCCAAGCAGCUUCUUGCACUGAAGGAGAGCAGCACAGCAGGAGGACACGCCGGUAGCCGACCCAUCUCCCCCGCAGCCGACCGGGAACUGAGCAGAAACUCUCAACGAAUGACCAUGAACGGCUACUAG